AUGGGCUCCACUUUCCCAAUCUUGCUGGCAAUCUCCUUUCUGAUCUCCGCCAUCGCGCCCUCUCUUUCAGACCCGAGGAUCUCGCAGGCGGCGCUCGUCUGCGGCAACCGGACGGCGGACAGCCGCCAUCGCCAGGCCUUCGUCGAGAACUUCCUCUCGGUGUUGAACUCCGUCACUCCGCAAAUCGCCUCCCGGAGAUUCGCCUGGGCCUCUGAGGGGAAGACGAGAAACGACUCGGUGUUCGCCUUCGGGGAGUGCCUGAAGGACCUCUCCCGCAGGGACUGCGAUCUAUGCUUCGCCACCUGCAAGACGCUGAUCCUCCGAUGCCUUCCCUUCCAGAUGGCCACCCGGGGGGGGAGGAACUACCUCGACGGCUGCUAUCUCAGGUGCGAGAUCAUCUUCUCCAUCUUCCUCCUCCUCCGAUCCCCUUUCCUCCGCUCAGGAUAGUCUAGGGUUCCCGGAUCAGGUACGAGGACUACGACUUCUCCGGGGAGGCUGUGAGCCCCGAAGAUCGGACGGCGUGCGGGAACGUGACUUCCGGCGGCGAUCACGGCGCUUUCGCAGAGAACGCUCUCUGGCUCGUCGGAAAUUUGAGCUCUGCGGCGCCGGAGAACGACGGCUUCUUCGUGGGGGCUGUGGAGAAGGGGGAUUCUAGGGUUUACGGCCUGGCUCAGUGCUGGGAGAACGUGAACAGAAGCUCCUGCCGGCUGUGUCUGAAGGCGGCGGCGAAGGCUGUGAGCUCCUGCGUCCCCAUGACGGAGGGCAGGGCGAUGAAUUCUGGAUGCUACAUGAGAUAUUCCUCUGCGAAAUUCUACAAUAAUUCUGGGGAAGACGCCGCAGCCGACUCAGAAAACAGUGAGUUCUCUCCAUCCAUUGAAGCUCUCGAAUGAUCAACUCUUCUGCCUCUCUGGAAUUCACACUAUUUCCUUCAAUCCCGCAAGAUCAAACCCCCGAGCUUCUCCAGAUGAAAAAAUAUUAAAAGAACUGCGAAUAUAUCUUGGAUUAUUUCAAAAUUAUUCUCCGAUUCCCAUGUUUCUCGAUCAAGAACUGCCUGAUUGAUCAGUCGAGAAAUCAUGGAUUUAUCCAUCUACUUUACCAUCAUCUGCAUCAUCUCUGGUUUCGUGGAUAGAAUCGUAAAAUGAUGGCCUGGAUUUACUGGAUCGAAUGUGUUCAGAUGGAGGGGGCUUAGCGAUUGUUCUAGCGGUGGUCUUCUCCGUCGUCGCCGCUGUAAUGAUCGUCUCUUCGGCAGCGUUCUUCCUGAGGAGGAGGAUGAUCAAGAGGAGACUAGGUGAGCGGCCGUUCUUUAGGUCAACUUCUCUCCAGGUGCCUGCAGGUUCUUUGAGCUGACCAAACUGGGAUUAAUCUUAGUGAGGAAGCAACUGGGUGCCCUGGCGGCGGCGGUGAAUAAGUCAAACCUGAACUUCAAAUAUGAACUCCUAGAGAAGGCCACCAACUACUUCGACAACUCCAACAAGCUGGGCCAAGGAGGAUCUGGUUCAGUCUUCAAGGUCCCUUUCUCUGUCUUCAUCACUCCCUUUCUCUCUCUCUCUCUCUCUCUCUCUUGAUCCAUGGGUUUGACCGGCAAUGUGGACGGCGGCAGGGAGUUCUGGCAGAUGGGAAGACCGUGGCCGUGAAGAGGCUCGUCUUCAACACCAGGCAGUGGGUGGACGAGUUCUUCAACGAGGUCAACCUGAUCAGCGGGGUCCACCACAAGAACCUCGUGGGGCUGCUGGGUUGCAGCAUCACCGGCCCCGAGAGCCUCCUCGUCUACGAAUACGUCCCCAACAAGAGCCUCCACCACCACCUCUCCGGUUCGCUGAUGUCUUUCCACAAACAAAGGAAAAAAAACCUCGUCAAUUGACUUCUCAUACUCACACGUUGAUUUCUCCGACAGAUUCGCGCUGCGCCCAGAAUCUCAGCUGGGCGGCGCGGUACAGGAUCAUCCUGGGGGCAGCGGAGGGCCUGGCCUUCCUCCACGAGGAAUCCCCGUCGAAGAUCAUCCACAGGGACAUCAAGCUCAGCAACAUUCUCCUCGACGAGCACUACAACGCGAAGAUCGCUGACUUCGGCCUGGCCCGACUGAUUCCCGACGACAAGUCCCACCUCAGUACGGGCAUCGCCGGCACCCUGUGAGACCUCCUCCUCCCUCCCCGCCGUCUUCCGACGUUCAUGGCAUUGACUUUCCGUCUUGCAGAGGUUACAUGGCCCCCGAGUACCUGGUCAGAGGGAAGCUCACGGAGAAGGCCGACGUCUACAGCUUCGGGGUCGUCGUCAUCGAAAUCGUCUGCGGGAAGAGGAAGACCCCACGAGCGGCUCCGGAUCCCCUCUCCGUCCUCCAAACUGUGAGCGAGAUCGACCCAUCCAUAGCCCCCAAACUUCUUCUCCUUCUUCCUGUUUCUUCCUGGUUUGACGAGUAUCGAUCUAUUUUCCCAGGUCUGGAAGCUCCACACCGCCGGGAGGCUGGCGGAAGCGGUGGAUCCGAGCUUGGAGGGCGCCUUUGACGCGGAGGAGGCGGUUAGGGUUCUGCAGAUCGGCCUCCUCUGCGCGCAGGCUUCGGCGGAGCUCCGGCCAGCCAUGUCGGCGGUGGUGAGGAUGCUCCGGCAGGGGGAGCCCAUUCCGGCGCCGGCACAGCCGCCGUUCCUCCGAUCGAACCCCGACGGGGUCUCCUUCGGGGCGUCGUCCUCCUCCGCCCCUUCUUCCUCUGUUAACAGCAUCACCGUGAGCGAGGUCGAUCCCAGGUAG